UCGUAUACUGCUCAGUUUAAGUUUCCACCUCAGCGUGGUUGUUUCGUACUUGCUCUGUUUGAACAAUUAGAAACAAUGAAACGAUCAUUCGUCGCCAGCCUUUGUUUGGUGGCUGUAUUGUUGGUACUUUGUAUCUGCCCGCUGGAAGCUGGCCGUCAUCGUAAUCGAAGCCACCGGAAAUCGAAGCGCGAUACGGGAGUGCAUAUUGAAAUUUAUCACCCGAAAGGGGUAAUGAUCUGGUACCCGCAAAGGCCUGGCAUGGUCGCAUUCGGCAUCGAGAUCUAUCUCAACAAGAAGCACAUGGUUGACGAUGAACCUGUUUGUGACAUUUGUAUGAACACCACGGAGGUCUCGUACGGAAAGUUUAUUCUGAGAAACGAUAACGCUGUUGUUCGAGGAGGUGAUCAUUUAAUGUACAAUGCUAUCAAGCAAAAGGUCAACGGUUCAGCAUACGUUAUGAAAAGUAACGAAUUCUAUGUAGCAGAUAGCAGAAUUAUUAACACUCCAACAGAAUGCUCCCCAAAUAUACGCUCUCAAUCAGAGGAUAAGCCGUCUAACGUCCAAACGCUGAAGGAGGAUAUCAGCCUUCUCGAGAAUAUAGUGUACAACACUUACCAGCACUGCAACAAUAUCACUCGAACGAGCAAGAAACUGUUCCUAAACUUCCGUCCAACUGAAACGCGCCUCGAUUCUAAGGAGUUGUUCAAAUAUACUCUGAGUUCAUUGAAAGAUGUGCUGCCGAAGAUGGAUUGGGACAACGUAUUGGUGGAUGCCUUCUACUAUGAUGACGGGAUUGGUUUCGAGGUGAAGUCACUCAUCGAUAAACUGAAGGCGUUACAGAUGGCCCGAAAUUUUGUUCAACUCACCGUUAACGACCUGGAUGAGUUCAAUGAUUCAUCCGAUGAUGAUAAUGAGAUCGACACAUAUACGAUGAGAUAUGAUUAGGGUGAUGCUUUGAAUGUUCUAUGGUUUUCCUUUGGAAGUUUAAUAAAUCUUCAUGAUCUUAUG